AUGAGCUUGACCCAGUCGCCGCGGCGGAGGGACUCGAUGGGCGGGGGGAGGUGGACGGGGUUUCCUCCUCCGCCGCCGCCGCCGCCGCCGCCGCGGCGCUCAGCGGCGGACUCGGCUAGGGUUCCGACGGUGGCGCGGAGGAGAUGCAGCGGAAAAUGGUUUACAUCUUCUUCGUCCUCCUCCUCUUCUCUCCUCCUCCCCCUUGCCGCAGCAGCCUCCUUGUCCACCGCCGCCCCCGCCGGAAUCCCAACCCUUGACCCUGACCCACCUUCUUCCUCCUCCCUCCUCUUCUCCAUACUCUCCCACCCGGAGUGGCCCUCCGACCCCCGCCUCCGCGCCGCCGCCCCCGCCCUCACCCCAUCCGCCGUCGCCGCAGUGCUCCGCCGACCCCCGCCCGGGCUCUCCCCCCGCGCCGCCCUCGCCUUCUUCCGCUGGGCCCAACGCCUCCCCUCCUUCCGCCACUCCGUCGACUCCCGCCUCGCCCUCCUCCAAACCCUCGCCCGCUCCGGCCUCCUCCGCCGCGCGCAAGCCCUGGCCUUCGCUAUGGUUCGAUCCCACUCCUCCUCCCCCGAUGAGAUCCUCUCGUGCCUCGCCGCAAUCGCGUCACUCCGUGAUCUUGGUUUCCGACCGUCCCUCCGGUGCCUCAACCUCCUCCUCAUGGCGCUCGCGCGGCACGGGAUGAUCGCAGAAAUGAACAACCUGUUCGAUGAAAUGUGUAAAGGCGAGAGCUUUACGCAUCCGAACCUCCACACCUACAAUACCAUGAUCAAUGCUUUUUGUAAGGAAGGGGAUCUCGAUCGCGCCAAGCUCUAUUUGGGUUAUAUGUUGGAUGCUGGAUUCGAACCUGAUACACAUACUUAUACGUCUUUUAUAUUAGGGUAUUGUAAAGCAGGCCUCUUAGUUAAUGCCUGUAAGCUGUUUGUGUUAAUGCCGCUUAGAAACUGCCCGAGAAACAGCUACUCAUAUGCUGUUAUAAUUCAUGGGCUUUGCGAUGCUGGUCGGGUAAAGGAGGGUUUCUCGUUGUUUUCGACAAUGGGAGAUGAUGGGUGCUCGCCGGAUUUGCACAUAUAUACAAUGGUAAUGCAUGGGUUAUGUAAGGCAGGAAGAGUAGAGGACGCGGAAAUGAUUCUGGAUGAGUUUGGUCGAAGUGGUUUGGCUCCUAAUUUGGUUACUUACAAUGCUUUGAUUGAUGGUUAUUGCAAGGCAGGGAUAAUUGAUUCUGCUUUCCGGAUAUUGGAUUUGAUGGAAUCUAAUGGGUGUAAACCCAAUCAUCGGACUUAUUCCGAGUUGAUUGAUGGGCUUUGUAGAGAAAAGAAGGUGCACAGGGCCAUGGCUUUGUAUAGUAAAAUGGUUCAAGCUGGUUUGUCGCCAAACAUAGUUACCUAUGCUACGUUGAUUCAGGGGCAAUGUAAGGAGGGCCACAUAGAUUGUGCCUUUAGGUUGCUUGAUUUGAUGGAGGGCAAUGGUUUGGUACCCAAUGAAUGGACCUACUCAAUUUUGAUAGAUGCUCUAUGCAAAAGCGGGAGAGUUGAAGAAGCUUAUUCGUUCUUUGGCUCUCUCAUUCAGAAAGGAGUGAAGGUGAAUCAAGUGGUUUAUACUGCUCUAAUAGAUGGGUUGUGCAAAGCUGAGAAGACCAAUGUUGCUCGUGAAUUGAUUGAUAAAAUGGUGGCAGAGGAAUUCUUACCAGACUCCCACACAUAUAGCUCACUUUUAGAUGGACUUUGUAGGGAGAAGAAGUUACAGGAAGCCGUAUUAUUAUUGGAUGAAAUGCUGGAGAAGGGAGUGAAACCCGUGACCGUUACAUUCACGAUUUUGAUCGAUGAAUUGGUUAGAGAGGGAGGAUCUGAGAAUGCGAAGAACGUAUUUGAUCAGAUGAUUUCUUUAGGUGUUAGGCCCGAUGUCUGCACUUAUACGGUUUUCAUUCGUUCGUAUUGCCAGGAAGGAAGAAUUGAAGACGCAGAAAACACGGUGGUCCAAAUGAAGAAAGAUGGGAUUUUUCCGAACUUGGUGACGUAUAACACCUUGAUCAAGGGAUAUGCAAAUAUGGAAUUGGCCGGUAGUGCCUUUGCCGCUUUUAAGAGUAUGGUUGUUGAUGCAUGCAAGCCGAAUGACGAGACUUAUAAUAUGUUGCUCAAACUUUUACUAAGAAAAAAGCAGCUUGAUAGUGUUCUUGUUGACAACAUUGAUACAUGGAAAAUAGCGGAGAUGGAUACCAUCAUUGAAUUGAUGGAGGAGAUAAUUAAAUUGGGAUGCUCUCCAACUAUCAAUUCAUAUAAUGCGUUUAUUAAAAAUUUAUGUAGAGUGGACCGCUUGGAUGAAGCAAAAUCCCUUCUUAUUCGAUUGCAGGGAGUUAGUAAAUCUCCCAGCGAGGAUACAUAUACCUCUCUAAUAAGUUGUUGCUGCAGAUUAAAUAUGCUUGAAGAAGCUUUGACAUUUACUGAUUCCAUGAUAAAAUGUGGUUAUCUGCCAGGAUUAGAAUGCUACCAACUUAUUAUUUGUGGAACUUGUGAUCAAGGGAGCUUUGAUAAGGCUAAGUUGGUUUUUAGUAGCUUAUUAGAAAAGGGGUAUAAUGUUGAUGAAAUUGUGUGGAAAAUUCUUAUUGAUGGCCUAAUAAGAAGGGGGUAUGUUGAUGUGUGCUCCGAGAUGUUAUCUAUCAUGGAGGAAAAUGAUUGCCGGCCUAGUCCUCUUACAUAUGCUAAGUUGAUAGAGGAAUUCAAAGAGAGAGUUCAUGAAAGCGUAAAGUGAUCCUGAAAAUUGUAUAUUUACUGUGGGUGGCCAUAUGGAAAUGUUUCACUCAUUUGAAAAUAUGGGUGAAAUAGGGGUGUACGGCAAAUCAGAGUUUUGUGUAUUUUUAUCCUGAGAGGAGGAAUAACAUGUCUUCACAAAGGGAAAUGUGCACCAGCUUUUAUAGGUGCAUUUUUUCUGCUUAUUGAAGAUAUCACAGAGUUCAAUGAUAAAGCUUUCGCUGCCAUCUGGAACGUUCUCUUGUUAAAUGAGAGGUUAUUCGAUAACUUUCAGUCGACCGACUUCGUCGCCCAUUUGCCACUCGGAACAUUUUUUCUUUCCUAUUCUGGCAUUUUGUUGCAAUCGACAUUCCAUCAGCCAUCAAGCGGUAUACGACACUUAUUCUUCUUAUUUUUUCUAACAGAAAAUAUUUACUCCUGUUUCUAGAAAGUAACUAGGUUAGCUAAAUUCUUCAUCGCUUUACUAAUUCUUCAAGCAAAUAAAGCUAUUUCUAUUGUUACCAAGGUGCAUAUCGGCAGAAAUAAUUCGCAGCCUUCGGAAUUUAUCUUGUUAAUAGAUGUUUCAGAAUUUGUAUCAUGCAUGCUCUACGAAGUUGAUGUUUCAGAAAUUUAUCUCGUCAAUAAAUUAGAUUCAACCAAA